AUGGCUGACUUGACAACUUUGAGAAGUCAAAUCAACCAAUGGACCCUAGAUCAAGAUAAUAAAGUAUGAAUAAUGAAAUACCCUAACUUACUUUAGACCUUCGUUAAAUUAGAUCAAAUGAGUACCAAUCUCCUUACAAAAUUUGGAGCUGUGUCAUCCGAUAUCCGAUCAGUUUAACAUUCAGCUAACUCUAUCCAUGCUCAAAUUAAUCAAGCCUUCAAUAAAUUUCUAACUUUGAGUGAUAGUCGUUUUACUGAAUAAGUAUUUUGUUGUCUAGAUCAUUAAAGAGAAUGGCUCCUCCAUAAGAAGCCCCUCCAAAGGCUGCACCUUCAUAAAACAAAGAUGAUGGACUCACUACAGCUCAAAAGUACACAAAAGCUUUAGGCAUGGCAUUAUAAUCACUUGAUUUACAAUAGAUGGCAUAAGAUGGUAUAAAAAUUCUUAAAUUCCCUAGAUGACAUAUUUGAUGACAGAGAUGAUAAAUCAAUCUCUGUCUUCUCUGCAGCUACUACUAGUGGUACUGUGAGUAAGUCUGUUAAAUUGCCUGCCAUGUUUGGCACACCCUAAUUCAACAACAACAAAUUUAUUGGUAAUACUCUAUACCAUACUUAGGUCUUUUUGAUGACUUUGAUGAAGCUCCUAUCUAAGAGCCAGUACGUCAAUCUGCCCCUGCACCAAUAUAUAGAUAAUCUGAAGCACAACCUUAAUAACAAUCUUUCAAUAAUUAAUAGUCUUAAUUGAUUCCACCAUAAAAUCAGUAGCAAAUUAGAUCAUCUAUCAGAUAAGAUUAAUCUUAANAUUAAUUAAUUUACAACUCUAUAAUCAGCAUCAGAAUUUCAUUAUGUCUUAUAAGUUACCCUGUACUUCAUUUUCCAAUUUUUCAUAAUGAUGUUAAAUUUUUAAUUUUUCAAAUUUUUUAUCUUUUAUACAAUUAACUAUCUUUCUUGAAACAAAAUUAUCAUCAGGUAUAGAUAGAUUUCAUAUCUAUUUAAGUUGUAUAUAGAUAUAAAUAUAUCAAUUGA